UCAUUCACAUUAGCACACAACAAUAAUUUCAAAAUCGAUCAGCAGGAAGAAAAUUAAUCAACGGGAUUGAUCGGGUCAAACAAUCUCAUAUAUAUCCAGAACAAUGUAACAUAAUCCAUGCAUUACUAUUUACGACUAUGUACUUAGCAAAACAAAAAUGUAAAAGAUGAAUGUGCUCUUAUCCAAACUCCUCGGAAAUAUUAAAAAACUCCGCACAGUAAUUACUGAAAUAGCCAAAUAGGUAAUAUUCCUGAAAAACUUAGAAAACUUAUUAAUAUUUUCGAUAUAACGUUUCGAAUUAAAAAUAAUUUAAUUUAUUGAUUAAUACGUUUCAGUUUACACAUAUAUAUACUUCCUGCGUAAGCUAACAGAUACAGGCUUUACCUGUGCAAGAAUAUUUCAAACAAUUUUUUUGUUCCAAAAAAUAUUUUUUAAACAUAAAAUUACGAAUAUUUCAAACAUACUUGUCCUCCAAAAAGGAUAUUUCGCCAAACUAAUGUCAGUAACUGCUAAUCAGAUAUGUUGACAAAGAAAAAUACUAAUCAGAUAUAGAACCCAAUUUUAUCCCGGUUACAUGUUAAUCACUACUGCUAAGUACUAAUCAGGCAAACAUUAACAGUGUAACUAAACUUUGAGAGGCAAAUUUGGAAAGAAAAAAACAAAAGGGGUAAAAGUCACGUGAUAGCUGUCUGUCUCGUGCUAAUCAGCCGUUAGAUAAGUCGCAUGCUGACUUGGAUUGAGAGAUUUCAGGUGGGGUGUGAAGCAGGGGAUAAAACUCAUGAUUAAAGGCUGUACGAAUGUCGUUUUCGGUAAAUACUUUAGAGCCUUUUGACCAAAAUGGGCGUUGAAUAACCCGACCCGUUAACCCAAAACACUUGUAUUAUAUUAUUAUUCAUCCAUUGCCUAUUGGCCCAUACACUGAAAUAAUUUUGUCUUUUAAAUAUAAUUUUUUUUUUCUAGUAAAAUUAUUUAUUACUAGAUUAAUUUUCCAAUUUUUGUAUGGAUUUAUAUAAUGUAGUUAAAUGCUUGAUUUAUUUAAACAAAUUACAAUUGGACUAGAAUAGAAUAUUUGUAGGUACAUGUUCAUUCAUAUAACAACACCCAUUAAAUAUUUUGAAAGAGAAUCCAUAGAUGCAUACAGACAAAUGAUUUCCUUUUCAUCUUAUUCUAGAAAAAUCCAAUUAGAGAGCCUUAAGAGUCGUAUAGCCUAAUAUCAUAUGCUUUUAUAAACCAAUUUGUUUUUCUUUUAUAAAUGUAAAGUAUUAAAGAAAAAAAAAACAUUUUCAUCAGCUUCGUCUUCUCCAUUAUCUCUCUACCAAAUCUGGAAGAGAUAACAAAAACGAAAAAACAAAGAAGCUUAUAAUUAGAGAGAAGGAUUCUGUUUUUUGUUGUUAUUGUUGUUGUUGUAUAUGAUGAUGGAUAAGAGCUGCAACUCCUCCGGCGACUCAGCCUCCGUGACGAGUAGUACCGGCAACAAUCAUCACCUAAGGCAACUCAACAAGCUUUCUCAUAAGAUAUCAAAACCAACAACAACCUCAACCUCCUCUUCUUCCAUCUCCGCCGCCGUGAAUCAAGAAACUGAUCACCAAUUUCCUCCUCCUCCUCCGCCGCCGCAACAGCAACCGCAGCAUCAGAUUAAUCACGGCAAUCUCCACCAGCACCAGCCACCUGUUUACAACAUCAACAAAAACGACUUCAGAGACGUGGUCCAAAAACUCACCGGCUCGCCGGCUCACGAGCGGAUCUCCGCUCCGCCGCAGCAGCCGGUUCACCACCCCAAGGCGCAGCAGAGCUCGCGUCUCCACAGGAUCCGUCCUCCUCCGCUGGCGCACGUUAUCAACCGCCCUCCCGGCUUGCUAAACAACGUCCCUCCUCCUAGCUGGAGCGGCGGAUUCGUCGUCCCUAGACCGACGGCGCCGCUCUCUCCUCUCCCGCCGCUUCCUCCGGUCCACGCGGCGGCGGAAUCGCCGGUGUCGUCGUACAUGCGGUACCUUCAGAACUCGAUGCUCGCGAUGGAUUCGAAUCGGAGGGAGUUCUCUGGCUUAUCGCCGUUAGCUCCUUUGGUGUCGCCUCGAUGGUAUCAGCAGCAGCAGGAAAACGCUCCGCCGCCGCUAAACAGCGGUCGUCCUCCUCCUCCGGGAACAGUCUCGCAAGCUCCGCCGCAAUCGUUGGGGUGUUUAAGCUCGCCUAAAUCGCCGUACGGAUUGCUUUCGCCGAGCUUGCUUUUAUCGCCGACGUCAGGUCAGUUAGGGUUUCCGGCGUCGCCGACGACGGUACCGCCGCUUCCUAGCCCUAAAUAGAAGAGUCGUCACUGAUCAGAAGAUAUUGAAAACGGCGUCGUUUUGAUAGCGCGGCGAGAAGAUUCACUUUGUUCUUUUUGUACAUCAUUAGUGGUGGAUGAAUUGUUUUCCUUCUUUUACUUUUAAAUCCUGUUUUUUUUUUUUACUUUCUUUUAUUCCCAUGUUUGUUCAUGUUAGAAGAAACAAAGAUUAGGAAAAAGAAAGGAAUACACUUUUGCAAAUCAUAUAUUUCUUCUUAGAUCAUACACUUCUUGUUUUCUGAUUCUCUAUUCAAAUCGAAUGUUGGUUGAUUCGUUCGUUGGUAGGAAAACUGUAUUGGAUAGUGGAUAGCUAUGCUAUACCAAUCACUUCACUGUUCCUUUGGUUGAUAUUUUUUUUGCGCCGAUAAGCUUUAAUUUUCCGUUGAAACUUCAACUCUGACUUGUAUGAGAGUUCCUCUUUAUUAUUGUACACUAACGAGUGUGUACAUAAAUAGUCAUUUUGAAAGUUGCUUUCACAUGAUCAAAUUAGAUAAUAAUUGAUAAAGUAAUACGCUUUAGACGGUCCAAUAAUCAAUUAGCCACAUUUUAAACUUGAAAACGAUCUACGCACAAGAUUAGAGAGAGACAGCAAGCCUUUAAUGAUCUUCAAAUUGAUAAGAAAACACAAAGCAGGUUUACAGCAGACAUUGAAAUGGGAUAACACAAACCAAGACAAAAAAAUAAAAAGACAGAACAAAAAAAAGAAAAGAAAAUCAAGCAAAGAGAUAAAAGAUGAUUGAUGGUUCGACUCGCCAGAAAUAUGAUGAAUGAAUAAAAAAGCCUUUUGGAGAUAAAGCUAAUUUGGCAAGCGAACGAAC